UACCGGCUGCUGGAUCUUUAACUCUUGGUGCUAGAGUACCGGCUGGUCUGGGCUCUAGCUAAUUGCGGUUACGUAACUAUUAGUUGAUUUACUUAAGGUCCGCGUCUGGUAAUUAAUAUUAAAAAAAUCAAAUGCAUUUGUUUUAAAAAUGGAAGUCGGUAAAGUAUUUAAUAGUUUCAAUGAACUUAAGCAGGCAAUUGAAGAGUAUGAAAAAUCAAGUUUUAUAUCAUUAUAUGUUCGCGAUAGUCGAACCAUUGAGUUAGCGAUCAAAAAAGGUUUGAAGCGCUCUAUUAAUAAGGAAUUAAAAUAUUAUUAUUUAACAUAUUGUUGUUAUCAUGGUGGGCGCCAGUUUAAGUCAAGAUCAAAAGGUAUUCGUCCAAAUCAAAGCACAUAUAACUUCAAAUGCCCGUUUACUAUUUGCAUUGGAGUCACUGAAGAUGGAAAGCAGUUCUGUGUUGUUAAAGUUAUUAAUGAGCACAAUCAUGCAAUUGAUAAAGUAAUAAGUAUAAAUUUGUUUAUUUAUAUUAUUCAUAUAAAUUUUUGAAACAAAUGUCAGUGUGAAUGUCAAAUAUUUUUUAGAUAUUUUAUAAUUGUAUCAAAAUAUGUCACAGGACACGUUACUAAAGGUUAAAAAAAGUUAAAGUAGGUAUGUGCGUUAAAAAUUUCGUAAAAAA